ACUAUGUGAAGUCAUCCACGUGCUAUCUAUACAUAGGACUGUGCAUCCAAUUACAACAAACAAAUCAGUACUAGGCAAUUUUGGAAACUGCUUCUUUCUUUUCCUUGUUGCUUUUUUCUUCUUUCAUACAACAAAAAUGGCUAACGAUGAGGUGAUUCUGUUGGAUUUCUGGCCUAGUAUGUUUGGCAUGAGGCUUAGGAUUGCACUUGCUGAAAAAGAGGUUAAGUAUGAGUACAAAGAAGAGGAUUUGAGGAACAAAAGUCUUCUGCUAUUACAGAUGAAUCCUAUCCACAAGAAAAUACCAGUUUUGAUUCACAAUGGAAAACCAGUCUGUGAGUCUAAUAUUGCAGUUGAGUACAUUGAUGAAGUGUGGAAGGACAAAGCUCCUUUGCUUCCUUCUGACCCUUAUGAGAGAGCACAAGCUAGGUUCUGGGCUGACUACAUUGACAAAAAGUUGUAUCACUCUUCUAGGAAGACAUGGUCAACAAAAGAAGAAGAUCCGGAGGCAGCUAAGAAAGAUUUCAUAGAAAUCCUUAAAGCAUUGGAGGGAGUACUUGGGGACAGGCCUUAUUUUGGAGGGGAUAACUUUGGUUUUGUGGAUAUUGCUCUGAUUGGGUUCUACAGCUGGUUUUAUGCCUAUGAGACUUAUGGUGGCUUCAGCACAGAGACUGAGUGCCCAAAGUUUGUGGCUUGGGCAAAGAGGUGCAUGCAAAGGGACAGUGUGGCUAAGUCUUUGCCUGACCAGCAUAAGGUCCUUGAGUUUGCGAAAGCGGCUCGGCAGAGGCUUGGAAUUGAAUAAGCUUAUGAUUAUUCAAUUAUGCAAUCAUAAUGUAUUGAAAAAAGACACUUCAGUGUGCCUUCUUGUGUUGUUUUCUCAAGAUUUGAAAUGUUUGUUUGGUCGUAGUGUAAGUUCUACUUGUAAUAAAGAACUCUUUGCUUGUG